UACCGGUAGCCAGCGGAUCAGUAGUAACGCUUCAACGUGUGUUUGUGAAGUGAUCGUAAAACAUGUGGCGAACGCAGUGCAGCAUUUGGAUUGUUGCCGUUUUGAUCGUGGAAGUGAUCGCCGUUCCAGCACACGUUCAACAGAUGAAACAGCUGUUUCAAGACGGACUUUCGAGUGCAGAACGUGUACGGUAUUUUGGCAGUGAAAGCGAAAGUGAUUGGCCGUACUACGAGGUGGUGUAUCUUGAGGUGCAUCGUCCGAACGGGACGGAGGAUGUGGAAGAGUUCGAUCUGAGUUUCUCCUUUCGGAAUGGUUCAAUUGUACUACAUCUAAGACCGAACAGUUUGCUAACGGUGCCGACCAUGGUGCAUACAACGGCACAGGAACGUUUUGCGAAAGAGCUUGGAAGAGAUGAUGAUCAGGCGACGAUCACGCCAGGCGAGCAUUUUGUGCAUAACGAUGGGAAUUACACUGCUGCAAUUUCUUCCAAUGGUGACGACCGAUUUACGGGGAUAUUGUUCCUCGCGACCGAGCCGUUAGAAAUUCUUCCACUGGACCAGCCGUUACCAUCUCUACCGCAAUAUCCGUCCUUUCGAAAGCCACAUUUGGUAAAAGCACUGCAGUUUCUAACGACCUCCCCGGAUGUGUCAUACGAGCUCGUACGACGUCGUACACACAACGAGAUCCAUCUGCUGGGUGAUACGCUUGGUCAGAUGAAUUAUUCCUCUUCCGAGCUGGAGGAACUGGUGGACGCUAGAGAUGGUCGCAAUCGAAGUGCUCCUUCGAGAAAUGGCAAACCUAAGCUGGAACUUGCCGUUUUCUUUGAUGAAGCGGCCUACAAAACGUUUGGUCCUUACUUCGACUAUAACGAUGCGGCGUUACGAGACUUUCUGCUGGCGUACAUCAACGGCAUCCAGGCGCUGUACCAUCAUCCAUCUCUUGGGCAAGGCGUUGAUAUAGCGUUAGUGUACCUUGAACUGAUGCGCAGCCAGCCCACGGCGAUGCCACACUACAACGGAGAGCGCAACCUACUGCUAGACUCGUUCUGUUCGUAUCAGAACAGCUUAAAUCAGGGCCGUUGGGAUAUGGCGUUGUACCUGUCGGGGUUAGAUUUCUACGCGAUUGAAAAUGGUCGCCGCAGCGGAGGCACCAUGGGCUUGGCAACGGUCGGUGGAGUGUGUUUAAGCGAGUACUCGUGCGUAAUUGCCGAGUUUGGAGCGAGAAAUGUGUUCGGUAAACCGUAUCCUUCGUCGGGCUUUACAUCCAUCUUUAUCGCGGCCCACGAGAUCGGUCACAAUCUAGGAAUGCAUCAUGACUCCGUUGGGAAUAGAUGUCCCAAGGAUGGGUUUGUAAUGUCUCCUUCGCGAGGAACACAAGGAGAAACUACGUGGUCUUCGUGCAGUGCCGAUGUCAUCUCACAGUUGAAUUGGGCUGGUUGUCUUUUCGAAACGAAUUCCAAAGUAGCGGCGGAAUACGAUACCACGAAAUAUUACGACCAUCCAGGCCAGGCUUGGACAGCCAAGAAACAGUGCGAGGUGCUACUAACCGAUAAGGAUGCCAUACUGGCGUCUUCUGAAUUGCCAGCAAUUUGCCAGAACCUACGGUGUCGUACGCCUCAUCGAACCGGAUUUUAUUUUGCUGGUCCCGCGCUUGAAGGCACUGACUGUGGGGAUAGUAAGUGGUGCAAGGGAGGUACAUGCACAAAGCAAAAGAAAAAGCCAACCAACAUUGUACCGGGUGGCUGGAGCGAGUGGCAGGACGAGGACUGUGUUUCGGGCUGUCUGGAGCAAUCGAAGGGAUACAAGCGACGAACGCGCCGCUGCGACAAUCCUGCUCCAGUGAACACCGACCAAGGCUGUGAAGGUGUAGCGCUGGACAUUGCGAUCUGUGACGAUGGAAAGCUGUGCCGUGCAAACCGCGAACCGGUUCAGUUCUAUGCCAAUCGACGGUGCCGAGAGUUCAGCCAAUUGCUUCCCCGGCUAGAUCCGGAAGGUCGUGGAAUUCAGGGCCCGUACGACUCGAAGCGGCUGUGGAUGAGCUGUGCAAUAUACUGCAAACGGGCCGACAGCGAUGCAUAUUACGCGCCAAGAUUCGAUCUCAAUGAUUUGGGCGUGGAUUCUUACUUUCCCGACGGUACGUUGUGUCACCGGGAGAAGGGAACGGACUACUACUGUCAGCAGCAUCAUUGCUUACCGGAGAACUUUAAAACUUCAAAAAUAUCUAUCUGGACCAUCACCGACGACAUACCGGUCGCAGGGAACGCUUUGCCAAUGGACAUUCAUUUCCUCAACAGUGCAAUAAUAAACUAUCUCUCGUUGGAUAAGAAUAUCAUCCCGCUGACCGGUACGUGGACGCUAAAGCCGGAAGAGCUACCGAACGAUGAUCAAUGGGUUGAUCAGGAUUAUUUGGAUCUUUCCGGCAACUUCAGGGUACAAUCAAACCAAUCAGUUGACGGGUUUUAGCAACAACUUUUGAGUAACAUUACUUGUACAUUAUUACUGUUGAACCCCGUUUUCAAUCCCGUUAUUGUUGAAACUGAUUGAUUAUUAUUUAUUAAAUAAAGAGCUUGUAUGACGGAUAUAGAGUUAAGAAAAAAUGCUGUAGCAUAAUUGUUCCUUAUUUUGGAAAUGAAAUUUCAAAUCAAUAAAGAGGAC